AUGGUUGAACAAGAGUUCAGCAAGUUUGGUGCUAUUAAAUCUGGUGGUAUACAGGUCAAAUGUCAGCCUGAUCAGUUUUGCUUUGGCUUUGUCAAAUUUGAGUCUCAACAAUCCAUGCUAGCAGCAAUCGAGGUGAAAUGCAGAUGUAUUAUGCGCUGUGCGCCUAUGUGGUCUACAAUGUGCCAAUAUCACUUGAUCGGUAGUUUUAGUGUUAUAAAGAUUGGGCUUGGCCUGGCUUUGGAAUAUUCUUCUUCUUUCUGGGAAUCAUUUUCUUCUUUUGACAAGGGGCUCAUUGCAAUGGGCAAUAUUCUUUUCCUGUCAGGUUUGGGUUUGACAAUUUGGUCUGAAAUCAACUAUGCAAUUCUUCACCAAGCCAAAGAAUUACAAGGUUUUUGCAUCCACUGUAUUUGCUAG